AUGGAAUUGAGGCUCGUGUUCGUCGUCAUUUCACUGACAGCGCUACAAUUCGCCGAAGCGGUAAAUUAUUGCAACACAUCACUUUGUGGUGCCAAAAAGCACAUAGCAUGCAACAAUAAUGGGAAAUUCGCAGCGUCCUGUCGCAAUGCCGCCAUGGUAACCUUAACGCAGGCGAAUAAGAAUCUUAUCGUUAAGUUGCACAACACCAAGCGGAACACAGUGGCGAGUGGUAAGACCAAAUUGAAGGCGGCCUGUCGCAUGGGCACCAUGCAGUGGAACGACGAAUUGGCCGCACUGGCCGCGUUGAAUGUCAAACAAUGCCAAAUGAAGCACGACGCGUGCCACAAUACUCAGGCCUUCAAGCAUUCGGGUCAGAAUUUGGCUUGGUCCAGUUAUUAUGGCACGCCGAAUGUACCGCAAUUGUUGCAAAAAUUGAUCAAUUUGUGGUAUAAUGAAAUCAAGUAUACGACUCAGGCGUACAUCAAUAAAUACCCGAACAAUUAUAGUGGACCCGCCAUUGGUCAUUUUACGGUUAUGGUUGGGCAAGCGAACAUACGUGUGGGUUGCGCUGUCAGCACCUACUCGGUGACGGGUCAAUCAUAUAAGGCGUUUCUGCUGGCCUGCAAUUAUGCAACCACCAACAUGAUCGGUGCCGCGAUGUAUACGACGUGUGCAAAGGCGGCUUCUGGUUGUAAGAAGGGUACAAAUACGGCCUUCCCCAGUCUUUGUGCGAAAACCGAAGUUUAUUAA